AUGGACAAGUGGUUGAAAAGAGUAACACCCCCCACCACAGAGACUCCAUCGGCUCCUAUGUCUACUAUCAGGGAUGCCCUAGUCGGUGACAGCAACCCAAUGUUCUCUUCCAUGGAUCAGGGUGCUAUCAGUAGGGAAAGUGUUGGUCAUCAAGCUGCUAGCAUGACUAGUGCCACUGACAGUGACUGUGAGUAUGAUGAGUCCCCUGACAUGAGCAAGCAUAUGGAUGUAGAAAGGAGGACAGAAAAAAGAUGCAAAUAUGACGAGAACUACAUUACGUUGGGAUUCACUUGUAUCGGUACUGGCUCGUCUAUUCAGCCACAGUGCGUUGUAUGCACAAAAGUGUUAUCGCACAACUCAAUGAAACCAUCACUCUUGCGCAGACAUAUGGAGAUGAAUCACCCUCACUUGAAAAAUAAACCUCGGGAAUUUUUUGAAAGGGAAUUACGUGGGCUUUCUACCAGUAAGCAAAGCAUAACAGCUCUGACGAGCCUGAAAACUAAAUACCAGCACAGGCUGUAUGUAGAGGACGAUUUAAGACUGAAACUAUCUCCGAUUCGACCAGACAUAAAGGGACUAUGUGCUUCCUCUCAGGCACAUCCUUCACAUUAA